AUGAUAAGUUUUCUGUGGAACAUUUUGGUCUUCAUAGCAAUGGCAGAAUUUGUUACUGGAAAUUUUGCCAAUGUGUUCAUAGCCCUGGUGAACUGCAGUAACUGGGUGAAGAGAAAAAAGAUCUCCUCAGUUGACUGGAUUCUUACUGCUCUAGCUGUCUCCAGGAUUACUUUGAUUUGGACACUCAUAGUAGGUUGGUUUUUAAAUGUGUUUCAUCCAACUCGCUCUACUAAAUUAAGAAUUACUAUUCACAUUUUCUGGACAGUAAGCAAUCAUUUUAGUAUCUGGCUUGCCACUAUCCUAAGUAUAUUUUAUGUCCUCAAAAUAACUAAUUUCUCCAACUGUAUUUUUCAUUGCCUAAAGAGGAGAGUUAAUAGAGUCAGUCUAAUGAUUUUGUUGGGGUCUUUGGUGUUCCUGCCUUUUAGUUUUAUGAUAAAAUCUGUGUAUGAGGCUAUGGAGAUAGAAGAAUAUUUAGGGAAUGUGACUUGGAAGACCAAACUGAAGAAUAAUAUAUACCUUUCCAAAAGAACUUUUUUCACUCUAGUGAACUUCCUACCCUUUUUGACAACCUUGAUCUGCAUUCUAGUUUUAAUAUCCUCCCUGAGUAAUCAUCUCAAGAGGAUGAAGCUCCAUGGCCAAGGAUUUCAAGAUCCCAGCACAAAGGUCCACAUAAAAGUCUUGCAAACGGUGAUCUCCUUUGUCUUGUUAUUUGCCUUGUACUCUCUGUCUGUAAUCAUAUCAGGUUUGUACUUGCAAGAUACAGACACUAAAUCAGUCUAUUUGUUUUUCCUGGCUAGUGAAGUUUUAUAUCCUUCAGGUCAUUCAUGUGUCCUAAUUUGGGGAAACAAGAAGCUGAAACAGGCAUUUCUUUUAAUUCUGUGGCAGGCAAAAUGCUGGCUGAAAGAACUUGAAACUUUGAUAUUCAUAGAUCGAUAA